AUGAUUGAGUGUUCAGAGUGUCAUGCUUUAUUUUCUCACAGAGAUGUCAUGAUGCGUCACAAAAGACUAAAACAUGGGGACAACGAUGAGGGAGAGGAUAUUGACAUGACUGAUGUAUCUCCAACACAGAGUGAUACUGACAGUGACGCAGAGGAAGACAAUAUCGUCUUUCGCCAAAUGGCACAUAAAGCGCGAAAACAUACAGCUGCAGAGUGGCAGAAGAGAUACGAGAAAUACUUGAACCAAAAUAUGUCAGAAAAGAAGGCUAGUAAGAAAGCAGACGAAAAAACCAAAGGAGAAACUUACCAACAGUUUAGAAAACUGUAUGAGCGGUUCCUUUACGAUCAGUAUCAGUUGCAAGAAGACACAACGCACGAACAGGUGACGGACGCCAUCGAUGAAUUUGUGUCCGACAAUCAUGGAUUAAAAAAAUCCAUUAAGAUGGCUCUUCGCAAAAACAAAUAUUUACUUGAAUCUUACCUAGAUAAGUACGACAAUGAUGAAGACGAGGAGGAAGAUAAGGAGGAAGACGAGGAGGAGGAGGACUAG